UCGCUCUUUCUCUCCCACACCACACGCGUAUAUAAUCAGAGAAAGUUCUGAUCGUGUCCCCUCUUCUCCUCUACAAAUCUCUCGAUCUCCAUACCGGAACCCCCUUCUCUCUGUUAUAUCUAACCAACCUCCACGCACGUUUAUCGAUUUCCCUCAACCAUAUUCAUCCAACUUCAACAAAUUCAAGGAUGUGUUGGGCAUCGGAUUUCUUGUUCCAAGAACGUGGUUUCGUGUUCUGGGGAAUUCUAUUGUGAUUGGUCAAAUUAGAAAUUAGGGUUUUGUUACAAAAUUGAAGUAGAGAUAGAGUUGAUUUGGGUUUUGUUUGAUCUUGAAUGGGGAAUAAGUUGGGUAGGAGGAGACAGCUAGUGGACGAGAAGUAUACAAGACCUCAAGGGCUGUAUCAACACAAGGAUGUAGAUCACAAGAAGCUUCGUAAGCUUAUACUUGAUUCCAAGCUCGCUCCUUGCUAUCCCGGAGAUGAUGACUGCAGUUGCGAUCUUGAAGAAUGCCCGAUUUGUUUCUUGUAUUAUCCAAGUCUAAAUAGAUCGCGAUGUUGCACAAAAGGCAUCUGUACAGAAUGUUUCCUACAGAUGAAGACCCCAAAUUCCACACGCCCUACGCAAUGCCCCUUUUGUAAAACGUUAAACUAUGCUGUGGAGUAUAGAGGGGUGAAGACUAAAGAGGAAAAAGGGCAGGAACAAAUUGAAGAACAAAGGGUGAUUGAAGCAAAAAUAAGAAUGAGACAACAAGAAAUUCAAGAUGAAGAGGAAAGAAUGCUAAAAAGACAAGAGAGAAGCUCUUCAAGCAGAAUAAUUGAUUCAAAUGAGGCUGAAUAUUUCUCUAGAGCAGCAACGCCUUCUUCAGAAGGUGAGGAAAUUGUUUCCGCUCCUAAUUCAGGUGUAACAACAUUUAGACAUCCUCAACGCCCUAGGGACAACAGAGAGGAUGAGUUUGACCUUGACCCAGAGAACAUAAUGCUAAUGGAAGCCAUCUGGUUGUCAUUUCAGGAGGAUGGAAAAAACCAACGCCACAAUGUGAAUUAUGGCGACGCAGCGCAAUUAGCAAAAUACGCAACAGAAGUUCGUGUUCUCGCGUCCAUGGCCCCACAAGCUGAGUCAUCAUCAUUAUCAUCUUCAUCCUCAUCCUCAUCGCCUUCCGGUGGUCUAGCGUGCGCCAUAGCCGCACUCGCCGAACGCCAACAAAUGGGGGGAGAAUCUUCCACGAAUUACAACAACUACAAUGGCAACGUAUCAUCAACGUACAACAUCAUGCAUCCCGAAUCCACCUCACUCAAUACUCAUCUUCAAGAUGGAGGAUGGGGAAACAACAACAACAAUGAAACUUCAUAUGGGUAUCAUCAUGAUGAUAAUGAGUAUGGGGGACAUGAUGAGAUGGAGGGUGGAGGUGGUGGUGGAGGAGGUGGAGGUGGUGGUGGAAUAGUUCCUGAGAGCUUUGAGGAGCAGAUGAUGUUGGCAAUGGCGGUUUCAUUGGCGGAAGCUCGAGCUAGGAGUAGUAGUGGUGCACCGGAGGUUGCGUGGAUUUAGGGUAAUGUUUGUUGGUGGUGUAUACAAUGUGUAAAAUUGGGGAAAAGAAUUGAGUGUAGAUUUGUGGGUAGAGGUUUGAGAUUUGAAUCAUGGAAGUAGAAGGAUACAGACAGAAAGACAUAUAGGUCACUUUCCUCCCUCCCUUUGUAUUGAAAUUUGAGAGUUUGUAUGAUUGGUUGUUGUUGGUGGGAGGAUUUGGAAUUGGGUUUGAAAAGUGAAGUUGAUCAUCAUCUUUGGAACCUUAAAGAAA